AUGAUGUCAGUGGCGGAUGUUUCAAAACGCGUCACCGAUAAAGAAUUACGAUUUGGUUCAUUGUUAGCCAUAACGGCCAUAAACACACUCGCGAACGCAAUACCAAUCGUUCAUUUGAAUGGUUUAGUGAUAAACCUCUGUUCGGUUUAUUGUCAUCGUGUUGAGGCACUUAAGAUUGACUUCAAGGGAUGGCCAGAGUAUAUGAAAUCGGUCUGGAAUCAAAGUUCACAAUCGAUUGAACGAAAUGUCAAUCUAUCGCAGAUCAAUAACACAGCUGAAUUAUGGGCGAAUGUCAUAGCAGAAUGUAAGAAGAAACAAAAUUUGGGUAAUAAAUUCGAUCGACUAGCAUCGGCCGUGUUAAUUGCAUCUUUGAUUGGCAUUCGACGUGGUUUGGACAGAAUCUAUUUGGAAGAACGUGAAGCGCCAAAGCGUGGUGUUGAUCACAUCACACAUAGACGCGCACUUCUCAAUCAGUGUUCGCAACUGUUGAAUAGCAUCGAUUUUGCGGGACAUCCAUUGAAAUUUGAAUUGAACGAUCUAUGGGAUGGACGUCUUAUCAUGUGCAUUUAUAAUGAAAUUGAAUCUUCUCGAAAGAUCUCUCCAUAUCGCAUUCAAAGCGACUUAGCGCCACUGCAUAAAAUGGCAAAUUUGGAGUGCUCAUUAGAGGUUGAUAUGGACGAUCGACUUUUCGAUGCAAAACAAGAGAAGAGACGUCUGAUUGAUGAUAUGCGUUUACUGCCUAUUUCGAGUGAUAUUCUCCAUAAAUAUGCUCGCGAGUGGAUGGAAAUUGUCGAUAAGAAUUCGACUGCUAAAGAGAAUAAAAUAUUCGAGCUCUUUAAUGAUGUGGCCAAAUGGCCAUUCCAUAAGAUCGAAGAGGAAUACGCAUCACCAACUGAUAAGUCGGAGGAUGAUUUUCGUACAAAGAAACGUCUCGAUAAGCAACGUCAGCUUUUAUAUCGAUGGUUUGAAAUAUUUGCACAGUCAUUGGAAGGACGUGGUAGUGAUCUGCUGGUAGAUUUCUCAAGAACACCUCGUGGUUUUGCGGCACCUGAAGAAGUGAUGAACGGUACGAAGAAGAAGGAAAAACAACAUUGGGAACAGAAGGGCAAAGGUGGUGGUGGUAAGGCCAAGAAAGGGACAGGCCCAUCGAAGAAGGAGCUAAUUUUGGAGACGAAUAAGAAUAAAAAAAGUGAAAAAUUGGUUGAAACCGAGAAGCAAAUGGUUCAUUUUGCAACAAUGCAAGGCAAAAACGCAAUAGCGUUAUUGGAGAACUUGAUGUUUAAAUUAGAAUUGGAUGAAUCUCGUUCACAGUGCAUUUACGAGCAAAUGAUACGUAUUGCCAAGGAAUUGAGCGCACUCGAAGGUGCAUCGUUCCUGGAACAAAGACGUAUCAAAGCCGUUAUUUUAGUGGAUAAAAUCAAAAAUCUCUUAACAGUACACUGGAAUUAUCUCAAUGAACAGCAGAAGAAUGUGGUGAAUGAUUUAUUGGUACAACUCGGUUUUGAUACCAAUAAAAAACGCCCAACGAAUGACCAGAAUAGAUUAUCUUUGAAUAUGAACUUGAUCUAUUAUCAAUUGGUAUACGGUGGUGAAAUAAUCGAUAUUUUGUGCGAUCCGCAAAGAGACAGUCGUGUCACUGGAUUUCGUCCUGACGCCUGGCAAAGAGAGAUGCUCAGUGCUGUGGACAGAAACUAUUCGGCAGUGAUAAUCGCUCCGACGUCCGCUGGUAAAACGUUCGUUUCGUAUUAUUGCAUUGAGCGUGUUUUGCGACAGAGCGAUGACGACAUGGUUUGUGGAUCAGUGUAUGCACGUUUCCGCAAUAAAUCGCUAAGUGGCGGCAAAUCGUUAUUCGGUACACUAACGCACGAGUUCGCGAGCAAUCCACUGAACUGUCAGGUACUGAUCACUGUGCCAGAAUGUCUCGAAGAAUUGUUGGUGUCAUGCAAUCCAACUGUACAAGCAGUUGUCAACAAAAUAAAAUACGUUAUCUUUGAUGAG